AUGGUGGACGAAAAUGGCUACGCGUACGAGCAGGAAUUUGACGAAAUGGACGAGUGGGAGGCUAUGCACGCUCAUGAGAUGGAGGCUGCAGAUGAGGAGAUGCGUGCUAUGGAGUCUUUUGAGCAGUGUCAAGCAGAAAAGAGUCAGCAGCAUCCUCCAGUUCCAGUAAUUCAACAGUCUUUGAGCGAUAACGCUGCAGAGAAGACCGAUGACAGUCUCGAGAAGGUACAGAGCCGACUGGAUCAAGUAUUGUCACGAUGUGCAAUGAUUUUGGGAGAUGACGGGGAUGAAGACGUGGCGAUGGAGACAGCAGGAUCCCGCCUUAAGGACUUUGUGCACACUGAGAAACGGACUGUGGCAUCAAAUGUAGACACAAUCACAGCCAAGUAUCUGUACAAUCGACCGCCUAUUGAUGUGGACUCGCUGUCCGUGGUGCUUCAGGAUGGAAAGAGAUUGUUUUUACGCAAGAAGCGACAGCAUUCGGCGGUUGUUACCUCCAAUUCCGUUCGUAGUGAAGUGAAGUCCCUUGUCCCUAUUAAACAAAUGAUGGAAGCAGUUCAGCGGAUGGAAAUUGAGGAAGCAGCUUCAAAAGAGGACGAGGCUCUGCUUCAGGAGCAUGAAUCAGCUAGUAAUGUAGCUUUCAACAUGUCGAACGAAGUGCUGUGGUUGGACAAGUACAAACCUCAGAGCUUCUUGGACCUAUUGAGCGACGAGCGAACGAACCGUGAGGUCCUCACUUGGAUCAAGUCAUGGGACCGGUACGUGUUCCCGAGGAAAAGGCGUGCUAAUGGCGCAGCUCCAGUUUCUCCUGCUAAGAUGAACGCUUUUGGAGGCCCAAACAUAUCUUCGUGGAAUCAGGCCUCUUCAAAUGCUCAAGCUAACGGCAAUACUGAAACCAACGACGAGGAGGAUAAGAGACCAUUCAAUAAGAUUAUUCUAAUCUGUGGACCACCUGGAGCGGGAAAAACGACGUUGGCCAACAUUGUUGCGCGUCACGCUGGUUACAACCCUAUUGAAGUAAAUGCUAGCGACGACAGGACGGCAUCUGUCUUGCGCAAUAAAAUUAUCAGCGCGAUGGAGAUGCAAUCUAUUUGGGGUGAUCGUAAACCAAACUGCAUCAUCCUCGACGAAAUCGAUGGCGCUAUGAAUGGCAACGAUGGUAAAUCCGCUAUUGAUGUCAUUCAAGAAAUUGUACAAGCUCCUCUGCAAAAGAAGAAAGUAGGAACGAAAGCUGCAGCCAAGAGUCGCCAUCCGUUGACUCGCCCGCUAAUAUGUGUCUGCAAUGAGCUGUACGCGUCUGUGUUGCGCCCACUGCGUCAGAUGGCUAAGAUUUUUACGCUGGAUACACCACAUUCGCAACGCCUUGUCACACGUCUGAAGUACAUUUGUCGCCAUGAAGGGGUCAGGGCUUCCACAGGUGCGUUAGCAAAUCUUUGCGCCAGCGCUGGCAACGAUAUCCGCUAUUGCUUGAAUACGCUACAACUUCAAAGUACGCAGUCGCGUGGAGCUGUGCAAAGCACAUCGGGUAUUGUGAACCUAAGCACCGGCCUCAUUGCUCAAAAAGAUCAUGCUCAUGGCAUGUUUGAAGCGCUAGAUCUUGUGUUUUAUGAAACGCGCUUGCAGUCUGCUAAAAGAGAGCUUCCUGUUGCUGAGAAGAUCAUUGAAGCUGUUGCAUCGCUGGGAAACUUUCCCUUAUUGCUCAAUGGUCUGGAUGAGAACGUCCCUAAAAUGAUCUUCAACGACCCCUCCAUGAACAAGAUCUGUGACGUUUACGAGUGGCUAGGACUUGCGGAUGAGUAUGAUAAUCGUGCUCGAUCAGAGCAGCAGUACGUAUUUCAAGCAUACAUUCCAUUCGCUGCCAUCGCAACGCACGCAUCUUGCUGCACAAGCUCUAGGCGGCGUGUGGAAUACCCUCACGCUCAGUUUGAUGCCCAGAAACGAAGCAACCGGUCUGAGAAUAUACUCGUGGCAUUGACAGAGGGUGCGCAGUUGCAGCCAAUCCUACGAAUGAGCACAAGUGUUCUUGUCGUUGACGUCGUGCCGUGGCUAGUUGCGAGCCUAUCGCCCAACAUUCGACGCAUCAACCCGUCACUGCAAACAAAGGAAGAGAAGAUAAUGAUUCAGCGACUCAUUCAGCUCAUGGCGUCGCUGGGACUGUCAUUCCGGCACAAGUAUUUGUCCGAAGGUAGCGAAGACUACGCACUUGAACCGGCAAUAAACGAACUUGUGGAAUUCCGAAACAAUGAUGGCAAUGCAGCGUACCAAACCAUUCUUCCGCUGACUGUACGAAAAAUGAUCGCUCGUGAGGUGGAGCUCGAGCAGAUGUGUCGAAAUGAAAACUCUGCUUCGUCAAUGAAGCAGAAUGGCCGCAGCAAGGUGUCGAUCACGACAGUCGGCAAAUUAAGCGAAGCUACUAUUGAGGAGAAAGCUGCAAAUGCCACCUAUGCUCUGCCAAAACUCAGCGAGAUGGAGCUGGCGAAGAAAAACGACGCCUUGCGCAAGCGCAAUCCUUUUGCAUUCGCACACCGCGAGUCCAAACGCAAACGUGACGAGGAAUUGAAUGCAAAGUUAAAGCAGCAACGCACAGACAAUACCCAUGCAUACUCCAUGGUGCGAUACAAGUUCAAUGAAGGCUACACUUGUGGCAUCAAGACAGCCGUGUACGUCCGUGAUUUAUUAUAA